AUGGGUCUGAUUAAGUCGUCCAACACUUUCUUCUACGCAAUAGGCUUUCACCACAGCGAGCGCGCUACCAGCGGACUUUUGCUUGAUCGAUUCGGAAGCCGCCAGCUUCAGAUUCAACUCCUGCGUGAGUGCUGUGGUUACACCAGACGCUUCAGCUCCUUGGACAUGCCUGCUAAGCGAGCGUUGAAGGCGGUGCAAGUACCCCAUUAUCUACCCAGCAAAGCUCCCAGCGACAUCAGCAGUGCCUGUUCAUGCCUAAUCCCUAGUCCCUCUGCCCCCACGACCGUAACCAUCACUGCCAAAGCCUCCAGAACCAUCACAACUACACAGACUAGAACAAAUACUUUCUCCGUCAACAAGCUGAGGAGCACGUUUGUCACAGACCGAAAGACUAGUACUUCUACCAGCUCUAGUAAGACCACGAAAACAGGCUCUGAGACUGUGACUCAAACGAAUCGAAAAAGCGCGACGGUUACAAAACCCGUUACUGUCACGGUUACGAACUUCAACACUGUUAUAGUGACUAAUACUAAUGUUGUUGAGGCUAUGAACUACAACACGCUAUACUUUACGAAUGUUGAUACUGUGGCUGAGACGGAUUAUAAUACCGUUGUUUUCACGAAUACGGAGGGUUUCACGGUUACUCAGUAUUACACCACGGUGCAGACUGAUGUGGCUACAAGCGUGAUUACACCGGAUGCAGUUACUGUGACCAGUGGAACAAGCACUGUCUGGGGCUCUUGA